AUGAGCUAUGAGAACAUCACCAUAAUAUCGAUAUCGAUUGAACGAUAUGUUCAAAAAGAUCUUUAUAUGAAUCAAAAUCAAAGUUCAUUAGAUAAUAGUGAUAAGAUAUGUCUUUCUUUGACCUGUAAAAAGCUGUAUAAUGAAAAAGAUGGAUAUCUUGUGUUGAUAACACCACCUUCUAUACAUGAUUUCGAACAUUUAAAGAAGAGACCAUUCUUUAAUAUGAAAGAUUACACAAAUGUAGUGCAAAAGUCAUAUGAACAAAGAGGGAAUGCAAAUGAUUUACCAAACAUAACUCCUCGUGUGUCAAAACCAAAUGAAUUGUUUGAAGUCGGUGUUAUACCCGUUGGAACAACGAAAUUGGUGUUUGGCGAUGAAUUCGAUCGUCAACUAGAACCAAAUUCCAUACCGUCGUCGGUGAUCUCCAUUGUUUUCGGUGCGAAUUUCAAUCAACCCAUUAGAGACGGAGAUUUACCAGUGGAGCUUCUCGCCUCUGAAAAUCAUGCACUCGUCCUCAGUAACAAACUGGAUGGUGGAUUCAUCGAGAUUUCAAAUUUCAAAAAUGGUAAAAGACCAUUAGGUAUUUAA